UAUAGAUCCAUCAUCCGCAGAAACGCCAUCUUCAUGACCGGCAUCUUUUCCGGUGCUUUCGCAUUCGAGAUUGCCUUUGACACGGCCUCGAACAAGAUUUGGGACACCGUCAACCGUGGCCGGCAAUGGAAGGACAUCAAGCCCAUGUACCUUAACAAGGCGGAAGAGGAUGAGGACGACGAGUAA